GUAUGAUCGGUGUAUUAUCAUUCCGCUUUAUAGCUUGCAUCAGGGACAUCUAGCAAAGGCGUUUAGGAGUUGCGUGGUUGGAGGGGCGGCAUAGCACUCCGAGAAAGGGAGGGAUGCUCUAGCGUUGAUUUGACGUCAUUAACGACGAAGCUCCCCAGCAUCUUUCGAAGCUCUACCGUUGGAGCGACUGCAAAUACAAAGCACAGUUGACUGUCACACCACUGCCCUUACCAUAUCACACGCACAACUCUGCCUAUUGAAGUCACUUCCAUACCUCGAUACUAUAUUCGAUCAGUCUAUCUCAUGUCGGACCAGCUCAUGGACACCUCCCCGGGCGGCGAGGGCGGCCAGUACGAAGGCAACCUGGGCUACAUGGAUCCCGUCGCGAAGCUGUCCGGACAGCUAGGUGCUGUCUCAAAAGGCACCCAGUUGGCCGACAAAGUCCACGAGUCCAAGUCCACGGGCCCCAACUCGCAGGGUGUUACCCCGGCCGAGAAGAUGCGGUACGGACAGACGAUCCAGGAGAGCGGUGGCGGUGGGGGCAAGACGACUGCGAAGGGGCACGCGAGCAGCGAGGGCAGAUUUGGUGGAACGGAGAGGUCGGAUGAGUUGGAAGAUGACGCGGCGCAACAGAGGCGGGUGCAGGGUUAUGGUGGGGACAAAGAUAUGGAUAGGAACAUCGGAGGUUGAAGGAUUGCACAAUUGUUGGGUGGGCUACAACCAUCACGAGAUGAGCAUGCAGGUUGGGCAUGAUUAUGGAUGGAUGGAUGAAUUAAGGCAUCGGCAAG